AAAAAAAGCCCGCUGCAGUUGGACAUGUAGAUCUUGCAGGUGAGGGUGAGGUGAAGUGCAUCGCAUAACUGACUGCUAUUCAAUCGUUCCAUCAUUCCCUAGUCUAGUCUUCCCAUCCCAUCUCGCCUAUUUCUUGGAUGAGCCCACCUGAUUCUCUCGCCCAUCCUCUCCACUUCUACCCUUAACUUUCUCCGCGUUCUUUGUUACCCCAGAGGUCUAGCCACAGCAAACAUGACGGCUCCAGCCUUCUUUGAGCGCUAUAAGCAAUUGAUGUCUUUAGAACAGAGCAAGGAUAAUCUCAUCGAGGAACUACUACAGCGCGUUACAGACCUGGAAGAUGCCUAUCAGCGAGAGAAGCUGGAUCAUGAGCGAGAGACGCGCUUCAAUCGUGAUAUCCAAAUCCAUGAAAUGGAGCUGAUGGAUCAAAUAUCACGAAUCAAGACAAUUAUGGACCGCGAACCCUUUGUGAUCGUGCUUCUCGACGGAGAUGGACUCAUUUUCAUGGACGAUUUCUUACAACAAGGUGAACAAGGUGGUCAAAACGCAGCGACUCAGCUUUCUACAGCCCUAGAGGAUUACAUCUCCAGCAAUUUUCCAAGCAUCACAACCCCGAAAAUAAUGACCAAGAUAUAUGCAAAUGUGAAGGGAUUAAGCGAUCUCUGCGUCAAAGGAGGAAUCAUUAAUGAGCCCACAUUGCUCGAUGACUUUGUUCGCGGAUUUAAUGGCACCGUACCACUCUUCGACCUUGUUGAUAUUGGAGCUGGGAAUGAUAAAGCGCAUGAUAAAAUUGGAGAGGUCUUCCAAGUUUAUUUAUACAAUUGCCAUUGUCAUCAGAUCUUUCUGGGGUGCUCAAACGAUAGUGAAUAUGCUGAGAUUUUGGAAGAUACAUUGGAAGAUAGGGAUCUCAUAGGACGGGUGUCUUUGAUUGAAGGAAUUCCGUUUGAAAAAGACCUGGAAUUCCUUAAAUCUUCCUACAGAGUCACUAAAUUUCCCAAGAUCUUCCGGAAUACAAAGAUAGCACCACUCUGGGCCCCCUGGAAAGCUGCAGUUACUACUAAACCCCGAGAUCUGCUCACACCGUCGCCGAACCAGCACGUAGCAUCCCUUUCACGGACAUCAACCAACACGACUUCGACAACUAGCAGCGUACCAUUGUCAUCUACCUCCCCAAACGCAUCCAACUCUGGAGACUUCCAAGUUGUGCGUUCGAAAACUUCCAUCGCAGCGCCUCCUAAGACCGUUGAGCGGAAUAGGUACGGCCAGCGUGUCGACCGGCUCGAUUUUAGAAGUAUUCCGAGAGACGAACUGAACCGCAUUAAGAAACUGAAGCUUUGCAAUUUUUACUUUCUACAAGGCGAAUGUCCCAACGACAAUUGCCACCACGAUCAUUCUCGCAAACUGAGCAAGAGUGAAUAUCAUAUUCUGACAGCAAUCGCCCGCAUGACUCCUUGUCGCUUCGGACUCGAUUGUGACGACCCAGAAUGCAUGUAUGGGCAUCGCUGUCCCCAGAGUGAGCCUGGUAAAAAGGACUGCUAUUGGGGUUCAAAUUGUCGUUUUGACACCGUCGCACAUGGUAUUGAUACAAAUAUCGUCAAAUUGACCAAGGUCUAGCGUCUACUUUUAAUCGCCUUCUGCUAUUAUUACCCAGUCUGUGACUGUUCGGUAUUCGAUGAAUAACUGCUGAAAUGGCGUCCGUGAACUAAUUUUGGGCACUAUGCUAAAUUUUUUUCGGGCCUUGCAAUAAUUUGGCGUGGGAUAGGGGUCACGGGGUCAAAAAAUGGUUGGGGUUUUUUUCUUUCCUUUUUUUUUU